CAGAAAACCUGUUUCUAAAUUAGAAGAAUGGGUUAAAACAUUGAGCAAGCUGUGUUUGGAAGUCCUCCCUCCCAUCAAGGAUCUGAAACACUCCUCCAGAGUCCAAAUAAAACUGGCUGGGGAAACACACUUUGCUCCUCAUAUUUAACAUCAGCUGCCAACUCCAAUCAGAACCCUCACGCCUCCAUCUCUGGUCCCCACAUGGCUCCUCCAGAUUACAAUGGCACAUGGAACAUGAUAAGCAAUGACAAUCUUGAGGGCUUCAUGCAAAGUCUGGGUAAGCCAUCCAACUAUGUGUAUCAGAAAUAAAUGCAGUUAGACAGAAUGGCCAACUCUGCUUGUUGGUGUGUUCUACCAAAUCUUCCAUUUCUAUUUCCACAUUAAAUAUAUACAUAACUAAACGUCGCAUCAUGGCAUUGCUUAGAAGCCUUAGAUGACUGUUCUUUGUCACUAUAAUUACUCGUUCUGGUUUUUGGAGGCUGCUAGCUGAUAUUAACACAUGUUGCUUUCAUUUUCUGCUAUUUAAAUCCCCUAGUGAAUUCAUCUUCAAAGCUGCAAGGAUGAUUUUGUAUCAAUGCUGGUAUAUCAGAAUAUAAAUCCAAUAUAUAGUGGGUCUGUCCCAGGCAGUAAGGUGGUGAAUUUUCCCUUUAAAUGUUGGGUGUAUUUGACAAUGUAUCUAUUUGGGCUCUUACAAUAAAUUCAAAUGUUACUGUGACUGCACAGACCGAUAUUCCAUCCUAUGGGACUUAAGAGCUGAAUUGUAAACUUUUGCCAACAUUAGUUUAAUAUUCCCUUUAGUUUCCAUUUGCCACCAUUAAAUGUAUUGUAUUGUUACUUGGUACACAUUUAUAAAUACCUGUCUUGUUGUUUCUCUUCCCUUAUGUAUUGAAAUUGUAUUUAUAAAACUUUUUUACCAGGAAGGAAACUUGGUGAUUGUAGUUAAAAACCCUGGCAUUAUGUCUGAGUUUGUCCUGUUUAUAUAUCUUUUAUCUAUUUGUGUGUGUGUAAUAUAUAGUGGAGGGUAUACCAAACUUACAGAUGCAUUUCAGCUUAAUUUAGUUCCUUUUUAAAAAACCUUGUUUAAAAUGUAUAAUUUUACAGAAGUUUCAAAUUUAAAGGUCUUUGACAAUAUACGUUAAUACUUUUUUAAGGUGCAAGGAUGUAUGAAUGUAAAACUGCUGUGAGGUUUUUUAUCUCCACAUCGCUAUAGCAAUACAGUGAUGACAGCGUUUUCACAAGAACGCAGUUGAAUUAUGUUCCUGUUGUCGUGUCUGUAUUUCUCUAGAGGUGUAGGGGCGUCAUGCUCGUUUCCUAUGGGAGAAUCUUGCGUGAGACUAUGGCUGUUGAAGAAUUGAAGGACUCCCUAGCUAAUAGCUUCUGUCGUUAUGUCCAUAGGAGUGUAAUUAAACCUUCCCCUUCUGGUAUCGUUUCCAUGGAACACUUAUCCUUUCAGAUGUUGUAGGAUGACCAAGUAACUUCUAUUUUUCCUUUUACCCCAGGUAUAGAUUUUGUUCUACGGAAAAUGGCAAAACUACUGAAGCCUCAAAAAGUGAUAGAACAAAAUGGUGAUGUCUUUACAAUCCGAACAAUAAGCAGUUUACGGAAUUACAUGAUUAGCUUCACAGUUGGGCAAGAAUUUGAAGAGGACACGAAAGGCAUGGAUAAUCGGAAGCUUAAGGUGUGGCACAGAUGGCAAAAGGCCCUUUGUGGUUUUUGGGUUGGGCAAUGUUUGUAGAUUUCAUUAUGUAUUCUGGAGUUGCCCGUUGAUGUACACCCACUGUAAUCCAGAGAUGUUCAACCUCCAUUCCCCUGGGACCAAUGGUAAAAAAAUAAAUAAAAAAUCAUCACUCGCUUAAUAAAUGACUAGACGUUGUCUCUGUGUCCUGGGUCACUAAUUACUGUGUGGACGGUUGCUGGGAUUACACUAGAAAACAAAAAACACUUUGGACCCAUUUUAAAAAGUAAAGAGACUCUUUUCAAACCACAGAUAGAAUCCAGUAUUCGGGCCAUGUGCAAACUUGUUUUGUUAUUGUUUGUUUUUCUUAAUAAAAAUAGCUCAAGCUAAAUAAAAGCCGGAAUAUGUAGUAGAGCUGCACUUCCGGAAAUGAGAAUUUCUUCAAAUUGAACAAAUAAUGGCAGAGAAUGUGGUUGUAAUGUCAUUGAACUAGAGGUCAGUGUGACAUUCUGAGUUAGUAAAAGGUCAUUGUCUCAGGGGAAAGUGAUAAAAUGUUGCCUUUAAAGUCCUGAAGAAAACCUCCCUCAAAUAUUUGGAUUAGUAUGGGAGGUUUUUAAUCUGACCGUCGGAAUGGCCGUACUUUUGUAUAUUCUUUGUAAGCUGUGCUUUCAGUUCGGCAAUUUUGGCCUCAGAUUUAAAACUCUCUUCGAAUUCUCCCUUCAGAGAAUUGAUGUAAACACUUCCUGAAGCAGAGAUUACUCGCUUCUUUCGAUAGAUUCCAACCAUGGGUGCUGUGAUCGGCUAAAAGGGGACCGCUGACAUUCUCAGACAAUCACAUCCGCCAAUGGCUGUUCAGGGUAAUCCUUCCUCAUUGGCCCAAGCAGCACAGAAUGCAAGGAUAACCCCAGGAGGCUCCAGACACUAGAACCACUUCAUUAAGAUGAAGCCAUUCCGGUGCCUUCAGUGUCCCUUUAACUCUGUCAGUUCUAUACAACCUUGUGGUAAUAUUUAGUGGAUCUUUAAAGUGUAUGUAAGUGCUUAAUUAAUGUUUAAACCAUCAUCAGUCUUUUUAAGGAGUUAGAGGUCUCUAAUAUCUAGAUCUUUCCUCAGUCUUGUAUCCUGGGAUAAUGGACGGCUUGUCUGCGUGCAAACUGGUGAAAAAAAGAACCGGGGAUGGGUACACUGGCUAGACGGUGAUGAGCUGCAUUUGGUAUGAAUCAGGAUUUGUAUCCUUAUCUUGCUAGCUUGUAAUGUUGAUGAGUCUGUGCAUAUUGAUGAAUUGUAACAUUCAUUUUGCUUUAGAGCACAAACUGCAUCUCCCUUUAAUGCCACAUAUUAUGGCUUACAUCUCCCAUGAUGCUCUGGCGGAGGGUUAUGCAAGCUAUAGUCUGGAAUGGCAGAAUUUGCCUACCGGUUAUAAUGUAGCAGGGUGUUUGAUGUAACCGCUGGCUGGCAACAGGUCUUCAUGUGACAUGACCUAGAGAUCAUACAAUAAGAUACUAUUGCUAUGUCUUCCUCUCUGUGAUCAAGGCAAAGAAUAGGGCUGUGUGCAUGAAUGCUGAAUAUUCACAUUGCGCACACACCAUGAAAGUAACUGGCUCAGUGGGAGAAGUGAUGCUGAGGUGACAGAGGCCACGACAAGUGGCUGUGGGACUUGUCCUAUGACUGGGCUCUGCACUUGGUGAAAUGUGUCACUAGGGGGAGUAAGUGCUCAUAGAAUGUUGAACCCAGCAGUACAAUCUAAGCUGGGUGAGUUGGCGGUUUCUAGGCUAAAUCAUGCAGGGUUUUUUUAAUUUUUUUUUUAUUUUUUUUACCAUUAGAUUGGUAUUUAGAGAUUAAGCUCCAGUGCAUUGCACUGGGGACUUGGUAAAAUAUGAUAUAUCUGACCGCUCACCUAGUGAAUAACCAACCAAGUUGCCCUCCACUUUUUCUUCUAUGUCUAUGGUAAGACCGUUCGUGCAUGCAGACCAGACUGGUUAAAUAAAAAUGGAUCCUAUCGCCUCUUCCACUGGUGACCAUCCAGAAAAUGUGUAUGUGGCCUCCUGACUCUCAGAUGGUGCUAGUCCCUAACAAUCUAAUCUUAAAAAUGGGAGGAUACAGCAAUGGGAUAUUGUUUUAUAGGAGAGAUCAAGUGCUGUAGGACAGAGGAGGGGAGAACUUGUCUGUUAUCUGCCACUGAGUACAGUUCUAUUCUGAAUACCCUGCAUCCACUACUGCCUUUAUGGCUUAGUGGUGUUGCGGAUUUGAGGGCCUUUUAGGGUUAGGAUUUGGCAAAAAGCUUUCUAUAUGCCCAGUCGGUGCCCCUACCAAGUUCAUCCUGUAGAUCUUUUUCAGUUACAUGUUUAGAGCUACGAUACCAGGUUCAAAGCUCUGCAGAUAUGGGAGCUAUAUAUUUUUUAUUUUUUUAUUUUUUGUAGUUUGUAUGUGAGUUGGGAUUAUGUGCCAUCCCAAUUAUAAAAAGAUGCCAGAGAUUAGAAAAUAAUUGUACAUUCCCUAUAAUGCUACAUGGAUUGACAUGGAAAUAAAAUGUAAAACCUGGAUCACAAGACAGGGCUCUGGGUGUAACUCUGGUUUUUCUUUCCACUAGGAGCUUACCUGUGAAGAUCAAACCUGCAGGCAAGUGUACAAGAAGGUCGAAGAGACUUCCUGACCCAACUGUAACCGGAUCAUUCGUAGAAGAAUGUUCUGUGAUGACAACCGUCUUCUAUGCAAUCAAUUCAUCAUUAUUUGUUGUAUAUUUUUACAAAAGUCUGUCUUUUCAAAUAGUAUGACCUAGAAUUCUACUUGUAUUUGUUUUUUGUGCUGUAGUAGCCAGUUAACAUUGCCUGGUAUCUUUUGGAAGAUCUUUGAUCAUAAACUGAAUUUUCAAUGGAAAAUAUCACUUGGGAUAGAGCUGUAAAACUGAAAUGACCUUGUAUGAGCUGGUGCUGUCUGGUAAAAUAACAUCUGGUUCUAAGUUCAGUGUUUGGAUGUCUUUAAUUCUGGUUUUAUUCCAGUGAGGUGCACUGAUGGGUUUUAGGGUUAGUGGGAUGAUACAGAUCCCAUCUUGAAAACAGGUGACCAAUUCCACGUCAAUAACCGCUUCUGAUCUAAACCAGUGGUUCCCAACCCAGUCCUCAAGUACCCCUUAACAGUCCUGUAUUCAGGGAUUACCCAGCUGUUUCUGUCUUUUUAGAACAGAACAUUUUAGACAGGGUAAUCCCUAAACCCUGGACUGGUAGGGGGUACUUGAGGACUUGGUUUGGAACCACUGAUCUAAACGAUUUGUAACAAACUGAACUUAAAGGAUCGUUAAAAGCAUAUAGAUGCAGUGGCCGUUAACUUUUUAACCCUUGAAUGUAAAUCAUUGCUGUUCAGGACAUAUGGCAAUGCUUAUAUUGCAGGGAUAUUUGAUGGGAUGAGAAGAGGAGUCUGUGUGACAGGAAGAUUUAUUAAAACUAUUAUUUUCUUAUUUAUUCUUACUCUUUAGAUUCAGGGUGGCCUGAAUCUAAAUAAAUGCUCAGAAUACUAUAUAGUGUUUGGAAUAAAGGUUUGUAUUCCUAAUUCCACGGUGUUCCUUUUUAAAGGUACACCCCAAACACUGUCCUCGACUCCCCGCACACAGUGUAUUACAACUGCAGCUCUAAGGUUAUAGAAUGUGAUGGCAGAUAAGAACCAUUCGGCCCAUCUAGUCUGCCCAAUUUUCUAAAUACUUUCAUUAGUCCCUGGCCUUAUCUUAUAGUUAGGAUAGCCUUAUGCCUAUCCCACGCAUGCUUAAACUCCUUUACUGUGUUAACCUCUACCACUUCAGCUGGAAGGCUAUUCCAUGCAUCCACUACCCUCUCAGUAAAGUAAUACUUCCUGAUAUUAUUUUUAAACCUUUGUCCCUCUAAUUUAAGACUAUGUCCUCUUGUUGUGGUAGUUUUUCUUCUAUUAAAUAUAGUCUCCUCCUUUACUGUGUUGAUUCCCUUUUAUGUAUUGAAAUCAUAUUCCUCCAAGCUAUACAUGUUAAGGUUUUUUUAUUUAUUUUUUAUAUGGUGUAAGGAGGUCCCCUGUCUCCCUGCACACAGUGUAUUAUAACUGCAGCUAGAAGGUUAAGGUGUAAGGAGGUCCCCUGUCGCCCCGCACACAGUGUAUUAUAACUGCAGCUAUAAGGUUAUGGUGUAAGGAGGUCCCCU